GUUACCAUACACAUUUACCAAGAGGGCCCCCUUCUAGAUCCUUCCACUAACAGAACCCAUUAGGAGUAUAACACCAAAACCCACUUAUCUUUUUACCCUUUUCCUGAAAUUUCCUUUCACAAUUCCUUCUCAAAACGGCGCCGUCCUGGAAUUAGGGCUGACCUCUUUCUUUCUAGAUUCUUCUUCUUCUUCCUCGCUCCCCUUUUUCCCCUCUCCCCAUACGAACAAUCCAGAACCCAGCAACCCCUUAAAGGAUUCUCCAUAAAUUCGUCGUCUCGCUUUCCCAACCCAGAGUUUCAAAGCUUUAUUUUCACCUUCCAGCCCAAAAAGCACCUUCACAGAUUAUCUCAAAAACUCAAUCGCAGAAGAAGUGUAAUAAUGGCUAAGAUGGGGUGUGGAGACAAGAGAUGGAUCGUGGAAGACCGUCCAGACGGCGCCAAUGUCCACAACUGGCACUGGGCCGAGACCGACUGCAUGGAAUGGUCCAAGAACUUCUUCACCAAGGCGCUCGCCGGUCAGACGGUAUUGGACGGCGAAGGUAAUCUCUUUCUGAGAAUUAAGAAAGUCGAUAAAUUGGAAGGUGAGGCUUACGUCAAUGUCCGGAAGGGGAAAAUUAUUCCGGGUUACGAGUUAAGUCUGGUGAUAUCUUGGGAAGGCGAGGCGAAAGACUCUGAUGGGAAUUCUUUGGGGAAAGCUGAAGGGACGAUUGAGAUCCCGUAUAUCUCCGACGAGAACGCCGGAGAGGACCCCUCGGAGGUUAGGGUUACCGUGAGAGAUGAUGGGCCUUUUGGGAAACGGCUAAAAGAUGCUUUCUUGGCUAAAGGGAAGCCAGUUGUGGUGGAGCAAGUUAGGGCCUUCAUGACUGCAAUGUCGAAAGGUGGGCCCGCCAAGGAUGAGCUGGAGGUGAAGAAAGUGGUAGCCAAGAAAAGUGGUGAGAAGCAGCCGGCGGCUGUGGCUGCGUUGCCGGAGGUGGAGCAGAAAAAGAAGGAAGUUGUUAAGAAGGAAAAAGAGAAGAAGAAGGAGGGGUUUAAGACGAUUACAAUGAUGGAGAAGUUUAGUUGUAGGGCUAAAGAUUUGUUCGAAAUUUUGAUGGAUGAGAAUAGGUGGAAGGGUUUUACCCACAGUAAUGCUAGGAUUAGUAAGGAGGUUAAUGGGGAGUUCAGUAUAUUUGAUGGUUCUGUGACGGGGACAAAUGUGGAGCUGCAAGAAGGGAAAUUGAUUGUUCAGAAAUGGAGGUUUGGCAGCUGGCCUGAUGGUGUUCACUCUAUGGUGAGGCUGACUUUUGAUGAGCCUGAAUCCGGAGUCACCAUUGUCAAUUUGGUGCACAGCGACGUCCCAGAAGAAGACAGAUAUGGGAAUGCAACUGUGGUGGAGAACACUGAGAGGGGAUGGCGGGAUCUGAUUUUCCACAAGAUUCGUGCUGUUUUUGGCUUUGGAAUAUGAUGAGUUGUUUCAUUGUGGCCAUUUGUGCAUUUUCUAAUCAUGGUCAGGGGGAAAAUGUAGAAUUUCUUACUUUCUAUUUGGUUGAAAAUUGGAGAUGGAUUCAAUAGAUUGGAAAUUCUGUGAUGAAGAAACCCCAAGUUUAUGGGUGACAUCAUCUCAUUGAAACUAUAGAAAUUCCUCCGACUUUGGGUCUUGAGUGUUUCCUUUCUCUUUUUUUCCUUUUCUGAAAGUAAACCGGAUGUUAACAACUACUAUAAUUGAAGUUAAUAUCCCCUCAGAGCUUAUGUCAACGAUCUUCUACUAGCUUCACUUUUUGGUUUUUUUAAUAGUAUCACCUCUGUCCUAAAUAUUAAGGUUUAUAUUAAAUUUUGAUAUUUAUACUAAAAGUAAUACAAAUUUGAGAAUUCAUUCUAGGUUUUUGGCUUUUGUUAGGGUUUCUAGAGCGCUGCUUUCUAUUGUAAAACCAAUCCCACGGGCGAAGUUAGUUUGUUUCAUCUGAUGUAUUCAUUUUGAUUUUUGAGGUUAGUUUGGAAGUCCACAGAAAGAUCUUCGCUAAAAGUCUUUCUGGACCUCUCUCCCCGUUUGUUCCCUUUCACCUGUCCGUUCCAUGUUCUUCUGUGUCUGAUAUCUCGAAUGAAUAUCUGUUGUUACUUUUUCAUCUGGUUCAUACUUCAUACAUUGUAAUUGACGAGCCCUUGAAAUUUUGCAGCCGUCACUAGUGAGGUUAUUCAUUUUAUUUUAUUUUAUUUUUUUUGAAUAAACCACUAGUGAUGAUUGAGAUUGGAUCACACUAAUCUUAUCGUUGUGAUUGUACAAUAUACUAGUAGUAUAUAAGGAUGUUAAUGAG